AUGUCAUUAUCUGCUAGGUCUCGCGCUGAGAAAAUCAGAGGGAAACAGCCCAUCGAUGCAGAUAAUGCAUGGGGCAAAGUCGCUGGGAUGAGUUUUCAAGACUGUGCAAAAAAGUGUCCUACAGUUCUGAAGCAGCUCAAUCUAAAUGCUUGUGAAGUCGACACUGUAUUAUACAAGCACCGAAGUUUUUGGUCUCGCUUCGUCCCUCGGUCGAUGAGGAAGUUGUUUUCAAUUAAGAACAUAAAAAAGGGCCUUGGCUUGUACAAAGAGCCUAAAGAAGAGCCGCGUAGCUUUGAAGAAUGGCCAGAAAAGCAGCUGUUUGAUGAAGACGAUACCGAUUCCGUGAAACAAAAACUCGCCGAGAAACUUUCUGAAUCUGCCACACUUUUUUCUUCAAAGUACAGUCAUUCCACCGCAACACUGAUUAACAAGGAAUUAAAUCCAGACAAAGCUUACCAGUGCAUUUCUUCCAAUUGCCCCAACACCGAUCUCGUCCAAUGCGCCGGCGCUUAUUCAUGGACGCAGGAGCUUGCAGAAAGGGCACAAGUUUACUUUACACAAGUUAUUCCUUCCGAGUUAUUCAGUGUUCCGUUUGAGUAUGGAUUGAAUGAAUGCAUAUGGUCUGGCGUGGAAAAAUACAUCGAGAAAAACGGAUAUGAGCGCGGUUAUACGAGACUUCACCUUCAAGCCGCGCGCCACCGACUUGGUCAUAUUCGUAUGUACUUGAUUGAUCCAAGGACCCUGUUUUCUGUGCCACACCGUACCAGUUGGGCAGUUGUUUCUAGUAAACGCUUCAAAGCCAACAUCAGAUUGCAGCAGCCGAUGGACGGGGAAAACUUAAAAGCUCAUCACAUGCGUCUAUCCCCUGUUUUAAAAUUCGCUUCCACGCCCAACGACCUGGCUUGGUUGGCCUUCAUCACUAGCAUAGGCACAGCUGCUCGGGGUUUUCCGUUGCACAUGUAUUUGAAAUCUAUGGAGCUCAUACCACGACAACAGGGUCGACCCACGCAGUUUUUCUGUAUGCGACAAGAUGUGUUCCUCUUCAACAAUGUUCGUGAUACUCAGGAGUUCGAGCCAUUACAGCGGGUCUUCGUUAAAGACCUGAUCCUGUGUGAAGAUGCGUUGGAAGAAUUUCAGGAGAAACAGCGAUUUGCUCAAGAAUAUCAGAAGUAUCUUGAAGCCAAAUAUGGCGUUUCUAAACAGCCACAAAAUGUGAUCCCGUACCAGAUGAGCGCAUCACCUCUUCCUCUCAAGCCCAUUAGGCGAACCCUUGUCAAGCGUAAACUCACAAUGGGCUCACCCGUUAUAAUCCCUUCUAAUCAGCCCAUCGCAGGCAACUGUUGA